AUGCUGCACCUCCGGCGCUCCACCACCGACAUCGCCCUUGGAGGCGGCGCAGAGCAUGCGACGGCGCGGCCUCCCUUUCUGCACCGCCUCGCAAACUCGGUCGCGGAGGUGGCGCCGCCCGAGGAGCUCGACGCGGUGAGCAUGUCAGCGACUGACCGGCUGGUUGCCUGGCUCUCCGGCUGGGGGCCGCUCGUCACCUCGCUGACAGAGGCUCAGCUCGCCGACCCUGCAAGCCGCCGCUCACAGCGAUGGAGCAACGCCCCACGCUCCUCCGCUGCACAUGAUCGCGGCUCAGCCCGCGGCUCAGCCCGCGGCUCAGCCCGCGGCUCCGCCCGUGAUUCGGUCCGCGGCUCGCUCCGCCACUCAACGAUCAAGGUGCAGGCCACGCUCGGAGUCGGCGUCAAGUCUGUCCGCGGCCAACUCGGCCGCGCCUCGCCAAAUGCAUUUGUCGACGCGUGCGCCGACGCGCUCGCGCGAGAGGCUCUGCAGGAGCUGCGCGGUGAUACAGACGGCGACAAGCGGGCCGCGAGGUUCUCCGACGCCCUUUCGCCCUUUCGGGAGCGCGAGCCGUCGUGGUGGGAGUCGGUGCAGCUGUGGCUCUUCACCACGAGCGAGCCCGAAGGCGCGCGAGGCGGCGAGCCGACCGAUGCUUGUGCUGACCACGCCAGCACCGACGCGGAGCGCCCGCCGCCCGAGCUGGCGUGGCGGGACGAGUCGGCCGACACGCCGCGGUUCGCCGUCUGA